CCCCACGCACGACCCUCCAUCUCACACAAGUUCUGCCUUGCGCGUACCAGAGCGUCGCGCUCGCUCCCGACCGUGUGCGGCACAGCAGCAGCUAAGCUCGCGGCGAUGCAGUCGCGCGCGUGCCUGCCGGGCUGCGGUCCGCUGCCGGGUCCGGCGGGCGCCGGGCGCAGGCGCAGCGGCCUCCUCUCCUCGAGCGGCAGCGUCAGCAGGCGGACUCCCGCCGGACGAGGGGGCGCCACCGGCGUUCGCGCCGUCGACGGGGCUUCCGCUGCGGCCGCUGUCGCCGCAGCUGCCGAUGCCGCGCUCCCGCCCCCGCAGGUCACCUGGCAGAUCGUCGUCGGCGCCGUAGCUGGAGUGACGCCGUUCGUGGUCGCAGGGGUCGAGUUCGGCAAAAGAAUCGUCCAACAAAAGAAAUGUGAAAUCUGUGGAGGUUCUGGCCUGGUAAUGAAGAACGACUAUUAUGUUCGGUGCCAAGGGUGUGGUGGCUUCCUUCCAUGGCAAUCUUGGAGAAGGUUCUUCACAGGCUGAACCCUGAUCAUCACGACUUUGCUUGCGCUGUUUCUAAAGACGGAUGAUGAUAUUAGGAAAAUUUGUGAGAUAUAAGUUGAACAACUUUGUGUUUGAAACAAUACAGACAUGUCGAAUGCUCGUGCAUGCCGUCGACUUGCGCACGGCGAAAUCGAUGCUGUUGGGAUGCUCAUUUUUGCGUUCCCGUGCCCGUUUCAAGCUUCACCGUGAGUAUGCAACUCGGUGGCCUUCCUGUGAGUCUGUGACGAUCGAGAUGCCAAAAAAUGUUUUUUUCCCAUUCGUUUGAUCAGGCUGACAGUUAGUCGUCUAUUGCGUUACCUGAUCUUGCAUCAAGUUUCGAUUGGACGAUACACAAGAUCGAGCGGUGCCUUCCCCAAAGUCAACUUCCCCGAGCCACCGUCCAUGGGCCAUGGCACGUGUACUGUAUCUCUUCCUCGCUUUCCCAGAUCGGCGCGUGUCGCGCGGCCGUUUUCCCCAUUCUUCUCCCUUCGACCCUUCCCCCACCGCCUCCCCCGACCGGCGAGGGGGCAGCCAGCCAAACCAACAGCCUACGGCGGCCGGCGCCGGCCUCGACCCGGAGAUAACGCGACGCGGAUCGAGGCCGCGCGCGGCGCGCCCAUCCUGACCCGCGCGACCUGAAAAUCGGCGCGCAGCUCGGGAUCCGCCGUUAGGGCCGGGGGCGGCGUGCCGUGCCCGCGGCGGGUUAGCUGUUGUACGUUACGUCGCGCAACCUCUCCCAGUCCCAGCCUCCCUUAUCUGCUCGCCCGUUUCUCUGACUCGGACGCCGACGCCGGCCUUCCCACUUGUCCCCACGCGUGACGCGCCCACGACCUCCUCGUCGUCCUCUUGCGAUCCUCCAUCUCGCUGCCGUUUCCUCGUCACCUCCUCCUCCCGACUUGCCAAACUCCAACACGCCGCGCGCCCAUGCCCCCGGUGCGUAGAUAGCUGUAGCCAAACAAAUACUCGCCUUCUCCGACGUUCCAGCUCCAGCUCCGAUCCCAGCGGAUUCCGCGAUCCAAGGCGCGCGGUCUCCGUGAGCAGCGUGACUCUCUGCGUGCCUGUGCCAUUUCCGCCCUGCCGGUAUGGAUGACAUCGCAAGUGAGGCGCCGGUGGGGGCGUUCGCCAUCGGCCCGUCCACGGCGCUGGGCCGCGCCGUCGCGCUGCGCGUGCUGCUCUGCGGCUCCGCGGCGCGCCUGCGGCACCGCCUGGCCGCGGCGCUGCGCGCCGUGCUGCCCGUGGCGGCGGCGUGGCUGCACCCGCGGGACAACACGCGCGGGAUCCUGCUCGCCGUCUGCGCCGUCGCGCUCCUGCUGCGGGGGCGGCGGGGCAGGGCAGGGCUCAGGGCGCGGGUGCAGUCCGCCUACCGCCGCAAGUUCUGGCGGAACAUGAUGCGCGCCGCGCUCACCUACGAGGAGUGGGCGCACGCCGCGCGGAUGCUGGAGCGCGAGGCCGCCCCGCGCCGCGCCAGCGACGCCGACCUCUACGACGAGGAGCUCGUCCGCAACAAGCUCCGCGAGCUCAGGCACCGGCGCCAGGAGGGAUCGCUCAGGGACAUCGUCUUCUGCAUGCGCGCCGACCUGCUCAGGAAUCUCGGCAAUAUGUGCAACCCCGAACUGCACAAGGGGAGGCUGCAGGUGCCUAGACUCAUAAAGGAGUACAUAGAGGAGGUAUCUACUCAACUGAAAAUGGUCUGUGACUCGGAUUCUGAUGAGUUACCGCUUGAAGAGAAGCUCGCAUUUAUGCAUGAGACAAGACAUGCCUUUGGUAGAACAGCCUUGCUGCUAAGCGGAGGUGCUUCAUUAGGAUCCUUUCAUGUGGGUGUUGUGAAAACCUUGGUAGAACAUAAACUUCUGCCUAGGAUAAUUUCAGGAUCAAGUGUUGGUUCAAUAAUGUGUUCUAUAGUAGCAACGAGGUCAUGGCCUGAGUUGGAGAGCUUCUUUGAGGAGUGGCAUUCCCUGAAAUUUUUUGACCAGAUGGGUGGGAUCUUUCCUGUGGUUAAAAGAAUUUUGACACAUGGAGCUGUUCAUGAGAUUAGGCACUUGCAAGUGCUUUUGAGAAAUCUUACCAGCAAUUUGACAUUUCAAGAAGCUUAUGACAUGACUGGCCGGAUUCUUGUUGUCACUGUGUGCUCGCCAAGGAAGCAUGAGCCGCCUCGAUGCUUGAACUAUUUAACAUCGCCUCAUGUUCUUAUCUGGAGUGCAGUAACUGCUUCGUGUGCUUUUCCUGGACUUUUUGAGGCCCAAGAAUUGAUGGCAAAGGAUAGAUUCGGUCAAACAAUCCCUUUCCAUGCUCCAUUCUUAUUGGGCGUGGAGGAACGUACUGGUGCUACAACCCGGCGAUGGAGAGAUGGGAGCUUAGAAAGUGAUUUGCCCAUCAAACGGUUGAAGGAACUAUUCAAUGUGAAUCAUUUCAUAGUAAGCCAAGCCAAUCCUCACAUAGCUCCAUUGUUGAGACUAAAGGAAAUCAUCAGGGCUUAUGGAGGCAGCUUUGCUGCCAAGCUUGCUGAACUUGCUGAGAUGGAAGUUAAGCAUAGGUGUAAUCAAGUUCUGGAACUUGGAUUUCCACUAGGAGGAUUAGCCAAAUUAUUUGCUCAAGAUUGGGAAGGUGAUGUCACAGUCGUUAUGCCAGCCACUCUUGCACAGUAUUCCAAGAUGAUACAGAACCCAUCUUAUGCUGAGCUUCAGAAGGCUGCAAAUCAAGGUAGGAGAUGCACUUGGGAAAAGCUAUCAGCCAUCAGGGCGAAUUGUGCCAUUGAGCUUGCAUUGGAUGAAUGUGUUGCCCUCCUGAACCACUUGCGUAGGCUAAAGAGGAGUGCGGAAAGAGCAUCUGCCUCACAAGGACAUGGUCCUACAAUCAGGCUCUGCCCAUCUAGGAGAAUUCCAUCCUGGAAUCUCAUAGCAAGAGAAAAUUCGACUGGUUCUCUUGAAGAAGAAAUGCUUGCAUCUCCUACACGUACAAAUCAUCAAGGACCUGGAGGAGUUGCUGCAUUAUCUAACAGAAACCAGUAUCUCCAGAGAAUUGCACAUGAUAGUAGUGACAGUGAAUCUGAAAGUAUAGAUUUACACUCUUGGACGAGAAGUGGUGGCCCUCUUAUGAGGACAGCCUCAGCCAACAAGUUCAUCAGCUUUGUUCAGAAUCUUGAGAUUGACACAGAAUUCAGAACAAUUCCAUCUAGGGAAGAUGAAUCUGAUCUUGUGACACCAAAUGGCAGUAGCUUGGCAGCUCAGGCAGUCAGUAGAGAAGCAGCUGAUAGGAGCUUGGACAAUUCAGGUAUAGAUAUUCAUGAUACUACUACCCCUAGAACGACAUUUGGCCCUUCAACGAGUAUCGUGGUUUCUGAAGGUGACUUGUUGCAGCCUGAAAAGACUGAGAAUGGUAUUUUGUUUAAUGUUGUAAGGAGGGAUACUCUUAUAGGACCUAGUAAUGGAGUUGAGUCUCAAGGAUCUCCUCGGGAACCAGAUGUUGAAACAGUACAGACAGAGUGCCUUGAUGGCGUGUCAGCUUCUGACGACGACGACAUGGAACUCAAUGUUGUUAAUGAUGAAGCGACUGAUCCCAUGAGUAGACAUAAUCCACAACAUCAGGGGUCCUCACUGGGAGAAAAUGUAGAUCAUCCCUCUUCCUUAAAUUGUGAAGAUGGGACAAACACCAACAAUCCAGAAGCUGCAUCAAUUUUUGAUAUAUGUACGGAGAUCCACCAGGCAACUGUUACUACAGAAAAUAGCCUGCUGGAAGGGUCUUCAGAGAACACGGAACUGGAAACAGCAAAGAUAGAAUGUCCUGAUCACAAUUAGGCUGGUAGGAAGGAUGGAGUUGUCUAAGAUUUUACUAGUUAAGAGGCGUCCUUUCAUUCUAAGGCAGCAGAUGUCCUUUUUGUGUUCUGACAACUUUAAAGCUAGUCAUCGCAAAAGUGGAUGCAAGAAGCUGUAUGUUAUUCUAUUCAAGUUUCAUAUCAAGGUAGAUCCAAUGGCUUUGGCUCAAUUGAGGAACCAAAUAUAUUUUCAGUGAUGGAAGUGAGAUUCUAACAUCUAGGAGAAAUGAAACUGAGACUGGGGGGAAAAAUACAUAGAAACAGUACAAUUUGGGCAUCUAAUUUAAACUCGUCGAGAACUAAUUCGGGUGGCAGCAGUUGUAAUCUCAAUUGGUUUUGCAGAUGGCCUGAUGACUAGAUGUUACCUCUCAACUGGUAAGCAGUGGAGACAACAGGCAAAGAGACACCAGGACCUUCAAUGUACAUGGCCUGCUGGCAGUUUGCUUCAUUAAACUGAAUUUUGUGCAAAUAACUAGCCUUGCAUCCUAGGAUAGUCAAGUGAGGGGCAAAGGGAUUUGGAUUAACAUCUUCCUAAUGCCGCUGGUAUACUGAAGAAAGUGUUGGGUUAUCAUCCUAAAGGUAGUGAAAGACAACGCUGAUGAGAUCAGGAUCGACUCCCAAGCCUUCUUACGAGAUGGUGUAAAUCUAAUAGCAUUACAAUCAAUUUGGUAUGGCUUUCUUCUGUGUAAUAUACACUUCUGGUGAAUGCGAUGUGUAGACCAGGAUGCAAAUCAAUCGCCAAUUGUUGUGAAGUGAGUCUACGCAGACUCGCAGAGGCAA